GCUGAGCUGGGACUGAUAAUGGUGCUCCUGGCAGAGCACUGGCUGCCUGGUGCCGUUGGGGCUGGGGGUGUGGAGGGAGAUGCCAUGGCUUGGGAAGUCUCUGGGGACUGUCGCUACCCAGCAGAAAGGCAGGCUAGUGGAGGACAGGGAUCCAAAGAGGGAGACAUCAAAGGAUGGGAAUCAUCCCCUCAGUGGCUGUGGGGCCAGGCAGAAUCUGGCUGUCCUGGCUGUGCCUCUUGCAAACACAGCACCACAUUUCCCAUCCCACCAUUCCCCUUCCAGCUGGCUGCGGAUCAUCCCCCUCCACACAGCUUCCAGCACCCACUGGGGCAGGGGCACCUUGCCAGGAAGGGGAUGUUUCACCCUGGCGGCUUGUGGUGAUGCCCAGUUGAGGAUGUGGAUGCUCCAGCUGGGCUGGUUAGGGCCAUCAACCCCUUGGCAGGACUGUGGGAAGAAAGGGAAAGCAAAGAGCCCUGAAUCAGUCAUGGGACGGAGCCACAGGGGAGACACCGCGGCUCCGGUGGUUGCUGCCGCUGCUGUGAGCUGGGACAGGAGGUCACUUGCCAGCCCACAGGAAGGCGUGAGGGGUUCCCAGAAGGGAAAUGAGGAACUGCUCUUGCCUCGGAAGUGGCCACAAGCCCUGGGGGAGCCUGGGGAGGAGCAGAGCUGCUGGGACAAGGGGAGCAGAGUGUGGUGGGAUGGAGACCCCACAAAGAGGCAUGAACUUGUUCCUGGGCACUGUCCUGCUGCUCCUGCUGCUGCCUGAUGUCGCCAGAGGAAAGGACAGCUGUUCCAACCUGGAUCGGGGUGAUGAGCACCGUGAGUGCUGCAAGACGAUGGCGGAGCAGCAGAGCCCAGGCACCAGCAUCCGCAUCCUCCGCUUGUCCCAGCACUGCCCGGAGCUGUGGCGCUCUGAGAGCCGCGCCUGUGCCUGCCUGAGGGAGCGCUGGUUCAGGCUGCUGCAGUCGGGGCUGGCGGGGCUCAAGACGCUGCUCCUGAAUGUCAGCAGGGCUGUCACCCGUGAUGUCCUCAUCACCUUCUCCCCCACAGCGGGCCCCAGCAGGCUGAACACCACAGACAAAGGGAAGACAGGUAAAAUCCACCUCCCCAGGGAGAUAUUCCGGUCCCUGAGUAGCCAAACAGUGCGUGUGGUGGUGACAGUCCUCAAUAUCCAGCAGCUUGGCAUGUUCAAGGAAGUCAACCAGACAGCGCAGGUCUUGGACAACACCGUGGUGGGCAUCACAGUGGGGGAGAGCAGCAUCUCGGGGCUGCAGGACCCUGUGCAGCUCACUUUUGCCCACGGGGAGCUGCCCCAGGGUGUCACCCCACAGUGCGUCUUCUGGGAUCCCAGCAAAGGGCGGGCAGGGGGCUGGGGCAGCAGUGGAUGUGUCACACAGCCCGGGGACAAGAGGACAGUCUGCUCCUGUGACCAUCUCACCUUCUUCACUCUCCUUCUGAACCCAGCUCUGGAUGGCUCCACAGCAAAAGCUUUGAUGGCUGUUGCCACCGCUGGCUGUGCGGUAGCCAUGGCUUUCUCCAUCUUCACCAUGGCCUUCUGCAUCUUCAUAAGGUACAGGUUCAGGUUUGAGGAGACCGUCCGCAUCAACCUGGGGCUGCACGUGAACCUCGUGGGCAGCCUGUUCCUCCUCAACCUGGCCUUCCUGCUCAACACUGGUCUCUCAGGCAGGACCCACCCAAUGACCUGUAGGGUCCUGGGGGGGGUCACCCACUACUGCCUGCUCUGCUGCUUCACCUGGACGGCGCUGGAGGGCUGUCAGCUCUACCUGCUCUUUGUCAAGGUCCUCGGCAUCUACAUCCCCCGGUACCUGGCAAAGCUGAGCCUGCUUGGCUGGGGCUUCCCUGUUCUCGUGGUGGGAGUGGCAGGAGUUAUUGGCACCUAUGGAGAAUACAGCAUCCAGACCACAGACCAGCAGGUCAUAGCCCACCUGUGCGUGUGCCACUGUCCACAGGGCUCAGGUGGCCCUUUGGCACAGGGAGGGGUAGCUCAGUCCUGCCAGGAGUGCAGCGGUCAGGGAUUGCACCCAUCUGGUUUGGCUUUGCACCAUGCUUCUGCUUCCUUAAUUGUGAUUGCAACACAUCAGCCACCCCCACCUCUCAUGCUGAGCCUCCUCAGGGCCUGCUGCCCUCCAGGUCAUGGAGGGAUGUCCAAGGUCCACCUGGAACUUGUCCAGGCUCCCUCCCAGCUGAGCAACUGGUGCAGAUAUGCACCCCUGUCCCCCUGCUUCACCCCGGCCUUGGAAAAUCCCCCCAGGGGAUGGCUCCCAUGGGUGCUGUUCAGGCUUGCAGGGCUGCUGGAGGCACCACAAUUGUCUCUUUUCAGGUGCUGGAUCACUUCCAAACAUCUUCUGGUCCACUACAUCACCAACUGUGGCUACUUUGGCCUCAUCUUCCUCUUCAACAUGGCUGUCUUCGGGGUGGUGACCCAGAAGAGCUGCAGCUUGCAGGGCACUGGGGCAGUGCAGGGGUACCAUAAGCCUUGGAAGGUGGCUCUGGUGGCAGCAGGGCUCUUCUGCCUGCUGGGAGCCACUUGGGCCCUGGCAUUCCUCACCUAUGGCAUCUCCUCCACACCUGUGCUCUACCUCUUCACCAUCCUCAACUCUCUCCAAGGAAUAUUCAUAUUCAUCUGGUUGAUUGUCCUCUACUACCCAAAGACAAAGCAGGCCACUGGUUCCCUCUCCUACAUCAUCAGACAUGACAAAAACACCACAGCCUCCCAGGACUAGCUCCUGGCUGGGCCUCUCUUCCUGCCUGCUCCUUCAUCCACUGAGAGCAAUCUUUGAUCCUGGCAGAUGCAGGUUCCUCACAGAGGGAGACAUCAGUUAACCAUGCCUCAGUUUACCUUUCAGUGGGCAUGAUCUGCCUCAGCAGAGCUCUUUGCUUUGUCCCUUUCAUUCCUGGUGGGCUGCCCUGGGCAAGGAGCUCCAGAGAUGACGCUUCUGCAAACCCUCUGGGCUGCAGUUCCAUGGUCUUGAGGUGCCCCUGAUCUCAUUCCCCAGGGGACAAGGAGGAAGCCCACAAAGCACCUGCCUUCACCAUGAUGGAGCCAACCCCCCCUGCUAGAGCUGGCUUUUGGUGCUGAACCAGCCUGACAGUGAAUUUCCUGCCACUGGAGGGAGAGGAUUGACUUGCUCCUGCCCAGAUGUGGGAGGCUUUGCGUCUGGAAAUCAGCAAAAAGAAGAGGAAACCCAUGAGCUUCUUUGCAAAACAUCUCCUUGCUCUCUGGCAGAGAUCUGCUGCAUGUUCUUCCUGCAAAACAGCCUCUGGGGUCAGCAGCAAUUCCCUCAUGGACAUUGUUCUCUAGCCAAAAUGCACAUAUAGCUGCCUUGCAGGGCAACUGUUGUCCUCUCCUGAUCUGUGUUUUGGUAUUAAAUCCCUGUUUGAGCACUGUGAA